UGUGGCCUCUUUUCCACUCAGUAGAAAAUUGUGUAGGAACAAAAUGACUACGCCAGCAGUCAAUGGCCUCAAUGGCAACAGCCAUUAUACUGAAAUAAACCACCACUACGCAGAGGAAUGCAGCCAGGAUGACAUUGGCAGCUUCUUGUUUACAUCAGAAUCUGUGGGAGAGGGACAUCCAGACAAAAUCUGUGAUCAGGUCAGUGAUGCCAUAUUAGAUGCUCAUCUGAAGCAAGACCCUAAUGCCAAAGUGGCAUGUGAAUCUGUGUCUAAAACUGGAAUGAUUCUGGUCUGUGGAGAAAUCACAUCCAAAGCUAAUGUAGACUACCAGGAUGUGAUCCGUAGUACCAUCAAACAAAUUGGAUAUGAUGACUCCAGCAAAGGUUUUGACUACAAGACUUGCAAUGUUUUGAUUGCUCUGGAACAGCAAAGUCCUGACAUUGCCCAGGGUGUGCAUGUUGACAGAGACGAUGACAACAUUGGAGCAGGAGACCAGGGCCUUAUGUUUGGGUAUGCUACAGACGAGACGGAGGAAUGCAUGCCUUUGACAGUUGUGUUGUCACAUCAGCUCAAUGCCAGAAUUGCUCAGCUCAGGAGGUCCGGAGAGUUGAAAUGGGCCAGGCCAGACACAAAGACACAGGUUACAAUAGAGUACAAAUAUGACAAGGGAGCUUGUGUCCCUCUUCGUGUUCAUUCAGUUGUGAUCUCUGCCCAACAUGAUGAAACUGUGACAUUAGAAAAGUUGAGGAAAGAAUUAAUGGAAAAAGUUGUGAACUAUGUGAUUCCUCAAAAAUACUUGGACAGUCAAACAAAAUACCAUAUUCAGCCGUCUGGGAAGUUCAUCAUUGGUGGACCUCAGGGUGAUGCUGGUUUGACCGGUAGAAAAAUCAUUGUGGACACUUAUGGAGGCUGGGGCGCCCACGGGGGAGGGGCCUUCUCUGGGAAGGAUUUCUCCAAAGUGGACCGUUCCGCCGCUUACGCUUCCAGAUGGGUGGCCAAGUCACUAGUCAAAGCCGGUCUGUGCAAACGUGUGCUGGUUCAGGUAUCCUAUGCCAUCGGGAUUGCUGAACCAAUCUCCAUCACUGUGUUUAGUUAUGGUACAUCCAAGUACUCAGAGAAACAACUUCUUGAAGUCAUUAACAAGAACUUUGACUUGAGGCCAGGAAAGAUUGUCAAGGAAUUGAACUUAAGGGCGCCAAUCUACCAAAAGACAGCUUGCUAUGGACAUUUUGGCCGUCCUGAUUUCCCAUGGGAAGUCCCCAAGAAGCUUAUUAUUUAAGCUUCAGAUGGGAGUCCUGCAGAUUUAUAUGUGUUAUUGACAUUUUGUAAAUAUAGGUACAGCCAUUAUCAUUUGUGAUUCCGAAGGGGUAGCCACAGUAGUUAAAAGACUAGUCUAACCUGGCUUGGAACAGUGAGUCUGAUAUUAUAUUCACACUUGACACAAAUUACUGACAUCAGCAUAUAAUGUAGUAUUGUAUGUCAUUAUUUUGUGCCAUCUUCUGGAGUCAAUGUGGUUCCCAAGUACAGCUCAGAUUCCGUCUUUUAAUUAUUGCAAAUGUGUGAUUUUCUAGCUGUCUUUUUAUAUGCACACAUUUGUCUUGUGUUUAUGAAAAUUCAUAGGGAAAAGAGCAUUCUUUAUAAACACUCGGGCCUCCCAUAAUCAUUAUUUAUAUGAAUCUAUAUUGUUAUAUAUUUAAGAGGAACUGCAAUUUUACCAUUGUAGGCAUAGAAUUGUUAUCAGUAUUUGCAAUGAAAUGUUUUAUGUCGUGACUUUUUAUGAAGUAUGUUUUUUAUUUUCUCAUGUAAACGUUUUAAUAUACAGUUCACUAACCAUGUUCAAUCCAAUUUAUGAUGUAACAAAAGGUAACUACUACAGUUUACCUAAGAAUUCGAAAUGUGAGUCAAACUUGAUGUUUAUUUAAAGGACUGCAUUCCAUCACAUAUCUCUGAUAUAAUGAUUGAACAUCAAGUGCAGACUUGAUGCUAAAUUAUUGUAAUGCCUACAAAUGUAUGUGGGAUCAAUAAAUUUGAAAAGAUCAGAA